AUGGCUGCAGCGCCGACUAGGCAGUGGGGAGUGACUCCUCCGGUAUCGAAUGCCUUGCCCACCCCAGCAGAGAUCGCUGCCAACGAUGAUCUAACCACCGAGCUAAAACGACAAAAUAACUUCGAAGCGCCGGCAGAGACUGAGCGGAGAAAACAGACAUUACAACUGAUCCAGCGGGUGACGGUCGAGUUUGUUAAGGUAGUUAGCCGGCGCAAGGGUUUGUCGCAGGCGGCUAUCGAUGUUGCUGGAGGGAAAAUAUUUACAUAUGGCAGUUAUCGUCUGGGCGUAUAUGGUCCAGGAUCUGAUAUUGACACCCUGGUUGUUGGCCCGAAACACGUUUCGUUCGAAGACUUUUUUUCCGAUUUUCCUCCCAUUUUAGAAAAUAUGGCGCCGAAAGGCGCUAUUGAAAAGUUAACUUCCGUUCCAGAUGCCUACGUUCCUAUCAUUAAAAUUGAAUUAUCGGGUAUCAGCAUUGACCUUAUCUAUGCGCGUCUCCUUGUGCAUUCCGUGCCUCUGAAUUUGGACCUGAGGAACAAGGAUUUGCUACGUGGGUUAGAUGAGAAAGAGAUACGAUGCGUCAACGGGACAAGGGUGACGGAUGAGAUCCUGGAACUUGUCCCUCAACAAAAGACAUUUCGGCUUGCGCUACGUGCAAUCAAGCUUUGGGCACAGCGACGAGCGAUCUAUUCAAACAUCGUUGGGUUCCCUGGAGGCGUUGCAUGGGCUAUGCUUGUUGCCAGAGUCUGCCAGCUAUAUCCCCAAGCUACAGGGUCGGCGAUCGUGGGAAAGUUUUUCCGCAUAAUGAAUCAGUGGAAAUGGCCUCAACCAGUGUUACUAAAGCCUAUAGAAGAAGGUCCGCUCCAGAUGAAAGUUUGGAACCCGCAGAUUUACCAUGGCGAUAAAUAUCACCUAAUGCCCAUAAUUACACCUGCAUAUCCAUCUAUGUGUGCGACACACAACGUAUCACUAUCUACGAAGACGGUUCUUCUUCGAGAAUUAAAACGCGGUGGGGAUAUUGCUGACAAAAUAUUCGUUGGGCAACUGUCUUGGAACGACCUUUUCACUCGCCACACAUUCUUCUCGCAGGAUUAUAAGUAUUACCUCAAUAUCACGUCCGCAAGCCGCAGCAAGGAUGCACAAUCUGUGUGGUCAGGCCUUGUGGAAUCCAAACUACGACAUCUUGUCGGAGCGCUCGAUAGGAAAUCAUCGAUCGAGAUUGCCCAUCCGUUUCCGAAGGGAUUCGAAAGAAUUCAUGUAUGUAAGGACGAGAAGGAGAUCGUAGAGGUUAUGGGCGGAUCAAUGAAGUACCAAGCGAAGGGCACGAAAACCGAAACUACCGACGAGAGUAACGAUCCCCAACACACCGCGGCUUCUCAAAAUGGCGGCGAGGCUAUCAAAAUGCCGGAAACAGAUCAUCCCAAUGGAGAUAAUGGCUGCACACUAUACACGACAACAUACUACAUUGGACUUGAACUCAAGCCAUUAGUUCCAGAUAUCUCGGCGGACACGCAUAUAUUCAAAAGUACCUGCACUUCAUGGGCACAGUACCAACCUGGCAUAAAUGAUCUCAAUAUUACUCAUGUCCGCAACUACGACCUUCCUGAAGAUGUCUUCCAACCUGGAGAAGUGCGACCAUCCCGACCUAAGAAAAAAGUCGUGAAAAAGUCUGAACCAACAGUUCAAAAGAGAAACAUUCAUGCGUUGGAUAAUGAAGCGCCAUCCGAAAACCCUGCGAAACGCCAUGCUUCACCAAAUGGCAUGCCAUCUGCCGCGGCUACCGCAUAA